UGCGCGGAAUGACUGACAUGACAGACAGCAUUUGAUAGUAGAGCAGGCAUUGGCAGUUCUGGUUCUGGGUUUCUGCAAAACGUAAAGCAAAAAUGGCGAAAAGAAUCGCAACAAGCUCUGUAAACUGGGCAGCUUUAGCUGAAAGGGUCCCACCUGAGCAGAGGGGCAACCUGACUUCUUUCAAAACAAGAUCCGACUCCUAUCUGCGAAGGGUUAUGGCCAACCCUCCAGAGCCACCAAAGAUUAACUGGGCUCACUAUAAACAAAUCGUGCCUAUCCCUGGCAUGGUGGACACCUUCCAGAAGCAAUACGAGGCUCUGAAGAUUCCGUACCCAUCAGAUACGCAAACGGCUCAAGUCGAGGCCCAGUGGAAAGAGAUCAAGCAACAGAUUGAAAGCUAUGUCCAAGCAUCCAAUGCUAAUAUUGCAAAGUACCAAAAGGAAAUCAGCGAGACCAAGGCACUUCUACCAUACGAUCAGAUGACCAUGGAAGAUUACCGCGAUGCCUAUCCCGAGCAGGCAUUAGACCCGAUCAACAGACCAACCUUCUGGCCACACACUCCAGAAGACCAGCCAGAGAACUUCAAGGCAGACCCGAAUGCAGCAUCCGCUCACUAAAUCAUUUGGGCUCCUUGAUAUAAAAAUCAUAAAACUGUUUCACACUAUUUAUUGUGAUAGUUUACAAAUUGUAUCAAGGAGGUGAUGAAAUAUUCUGUUAUUAUUUAGAAGUAAAGCGAAAUAAAUAUUU